GUUUUUCCUUUUUUUUUUUGCCGAGUUCCACCCACAUGGCUGCCCGAGCGGAUCGGCGGAAGAUGUUACCUGAAAGUGACGAGGGAACUAAAGGUCCGGAGAAGGAAGAGAAACAAAAUGGCAUCCCUAAAGAAGAGAAGCCAAGGGGAAAGAAACGGGCCUCUUCUUCCGAAGGCCUCUUGCAGCCGGUGAAAUUGGGCAAAAGUGAGCUGUACAAGGUGCCCACCAAUGAAGAGCUGAGCCACCUCAAGGAGACCGAGAACCUGUUCCAUUCCAACCUUCUGCGCCUGCAGAUCGAAGAGCUGUUGAAAGAAGUGACCCUCAAGGAGAAGAGGAAGCAGCGGAUUGAUGCCUUCCUUCACGAAAUCAGCGGCAUGCUCAACAACGUCCCGGAGGUUCCCGCGAGAGAUAUCACUGACCAGUCUUGGCUCCCCACGGGAGUGAAAGUCCCUAUUCUGCAGAUUCCUUUUAAGGUGAAGGGCAAGUUCCAUUUCCUGCCCCCAACGCAGGUGAAGGUGGUGGGGAGUUACCUGCUGGGCACCUGCGUCAAACCGGAGGUGAAUGUGGAUGUGGCAGUGAUCAUGCCCAAGGAAGUCUUCCAAGAGAAGGAUAACCUUAACCAGCGCUACCACCGCAAGAGGGCCCUCUACCUGGCCCACCUGGCCCAACACCUGGCCGAGACAAACCGCUUUGGGAGCGUGGCCUUUACCUACAUGAACGGCAACCACCUGAAGCCCCUUGUGCUCCUCCAGCCUCAAGGGAAGGAUGCAAAGACGGUGACAAUCCGCCUCCAUGCCUGCCCAGCCCCGGGGGUCUUCCGGCCCGUCCGUUUGCACCCCAGCAAAAACAACGUCCGGACAGCUUGGUUCACGGAGAAGGACUUGCCUGGCACAGGAGUCGCUGAGCCCCCCACCCCCCAUUACAACAACUCCAUUUUGUGGGACCUGGUGAUGGAGACCAACCUGCUCUACCUCUCCGAGGCAGCCAGUGCCUUCCGGGGCUUCCAAGACGGGGUGGCCCUCCUCAAAGUUUGGCUCCGCCAGCGAGAGCUUUCUCAGGGUCUGGGAUGUUUUAACGGCUUCAUGGUCUCCAUGCUGGUCGGACACCUCCUGGCCACUCACAGGAUCAGCAAGAUGAUGAGCGCCUACCAAGUGCUGCGAAACGCUCUCCACUUCUUGGCUACGACAGAUCUGACAACAUCUGGAAUCAGUCUCUCAAAAGACAGAGAACCUGGUCUGCCUUCCCUGACGGAGUUCCACCAGGCGUUUCAAGUGGUGUUUGUAGAUUCUUCUGGACUGGUGAACCUGUGUGCAGAUAUGACUGCCAACACUUACAAGCAGGUCCAGUUUGAAGCCAAGCAGUCGAUGGAGAUUCUGGACGACAAAACGGUGGAUGGGUUUCAGCUGCUCUUCAUGACCCAGAAGCCUCUGCUCCGGACCUUUGAUCACGUGUUCCACCUCCGUCACAUCUUCAAACUCCAGACGGCUUGCAAGAAGAUGCAGCUGCUCAACGCGUUGAUGGACCGUGGCGGGAAUUACGUGGCCGCCGUUCUCCCGUUCUUCCUCAGCUUGCUGGAGCGUGGACUGGGCCGGCGGUUGACGCUCCUGGCUCAUCAAUUGCCUCAGACACAACCGUGGUUGCUUCACGUGGACCCCCCAAAGCACAAAGACGUCGGUUCCUUAUCCUUCGGACUGUUGCUAAAUCUCGACUUUGCAAACAGUGUUUUGGAGCGAGGACCAGAAGCAGAUCAAGAUGAGGCCAUGGAGUUUCGGCAAUUUUGGGGCGAGCGGUCGGAGUUGAGGCGUUUCCAAGAUGGUGCCAUCUGCGAGGCCGUUUUGUGGGACGCUGCAAAUCUGUGCCAGAAACGUCUUAUUCCGGAGCAAAUCAUACGUCAUAUUUUGAAACUGCACUUGGACAUUCCGGAUAGUUCCAUCUCCUACGUGGGGGCCCUGCUGGAACCCCUAAUUAAACUGCGGCGGGAGCCUGCAGGCACCGGCGAGGAAGACAUGGUCAGCCUGAUCCGCUCCUACGACGACCUGAGCCGCAAGCUCUGGCACCUGGAGGGGAUGCCCUUAACAGUGACGGCGGUACAAGGAGCUCACCCUGCCCUUCGCUACACAGAUACUUUUCCUCCAGUUCCCAUGAAACCAGAUUAUUCCUUCCAUGGCAAGAUCAAAGGCCUAGCAUCCUUUCUCCCCGUGGCAGAAAAGCCGUGUCCUGCUUACUUGGCCCCAAUAAAAGUGAUUUGCCAGAUGGAGGGAAGCGGUCAGUGGCCUCGGAACAAGGAGGCCAUUCAGCGCAUCAAAGCCGCUUUCCAGUUGCAGCUGGCGGAAGUCCUGAACCAGCAACACCACCUGCUGUGCCGGCCAGCCACCACCUACACCGAUAUACAUAAGGAUGGCUAUGUCUUCCGCCUUCAAGUGGCCUACCAUCGAGAGCCCCAGAUCCUAAAGGAAUUGGUCACCCCAGAAGGGAUGCUGAAGUACCAGGACACCCCAGAAUCUCAGCAGCUGGAACUGGAGACUUUACAUCUGCCUUUCUUGACUAGCUCGCUACACGGGUUGCAGCAACAAUAUCCGGCUUUUAGCGGCAGCUGCCGUCUGGCCAAGCGAUGGAUCAACGCUCAGUUGCUCAGCGACAGCCUCACGGAGGAGGCCGUGGAUUUAUUAGCGGCCUUCCUUUUCCUCUCUCCAGCGCCCUUUACAGCACCCAGUUCUCCCCAGGUGGGUUUCCUUCGCUUCCUUCACCUGCUGGCCACCUUUGACUGGAAGAACAACCUUCUGUUGGUGAACCUCAACGGCGACCUCAAAGAGGCAGAUUAUGUAGCCAUCAGAAGCCACUUCGUGGAAGCCCGGCCGCGUCUCCCGGCCAUGUUCAUUGCUACGCCAAAAGACCAGAAACACUCCAUGUGGACCAGAGAGAAGCCGUCACCUCAGAUCCUUCAGCGCCUCCUUGUUCUGGCCCAAGAGGCCCUUCAGGUGUUGGAGAAGCAGCUGAUGGACCCUCUGGGAAACCAGGAUGUGAAGCCUAAGAUUGCCUUGCCAACCUCCAGCGAGAAUGAAUACCACGCCUGA